AUGUCUUGGACACGUACCGCAAACAUUGGCGACGGGAUCCCAAAACACACCUUUACCUCGUUAACAAGAAGCUUAAUUCCGGGCCCAACAUGGCCUUCAGAAGACGUCUUACCUAACGUCGAUGACUUUAAAGCCACCGUACUCGACUACUACAUCGAAGUCUUCAACCUCGCCAAAGACAUACUUAAAGUCCUCGCGCUACCCUUGGACCUGGAAGAAUCAUACUUGAACGAGUACGCCACCGACGCAGUCGCCAUAAUGCGCCUACUCCACUACCCCAGCCAGCCCCCCGAUAGCCCAGAAAAGUUCACCCGCGGAAUCGGUGCACACAAAGACUUUGGAUGUGCUAACAAGGAGUGGCUAGAUGUUGCACCGACGCCCGACACCUUCGUCGUCAAUUGA